AUGGUUCCGACCGUAGAUCUCGUACUAGUCUUCCGCUCGUCCUCCGGAAAGGUGCUGUCGAGACCUCAUGCUCGGGAGAAUGCUCGUCAGGCAGAGCGGCAGUAUACACUGCUUCUGCAUGUGCUGAAGAAGGGCGGUUUGCGUGCGGUAGGCAAGUGUGGAGAGCGUGAGGGGCAACUCUUGGUGUUGGUUUCAUGUCCGUUGGAGACGGUUGCGCGCCUAUCUCAGCGAGAGCUACAUUCUGAUUUUGUCUCUGGUCUUCCUAUGGCGAACCCUUCCGCCGUAUUUGAUGUGCAGACGAAGCAACUAACCCCGGCUAACCAUCUACGUCUCAUACACACGUACGUCACGUCCACCAUCGCUGAGGGCGGCCUUGGGGUUGUUCCUGGUUCCAAAGAAUGGGAUCGCGUCGAGUCCGUGAUGGCUUUGCACGAUCACGCGUUCAAUGAUGCGUGGAUUCGGUCAUGGACGACUCGCGGUCAGUUGCUCAGCCCAAAGUUCGAUGCCAUCAGAGACCAGUUCGGCGAAGCUAUUGCCCUAUAUUUCCAUUUCCUCUACCACUACACGAAUUUUUUGCUUUUCAUCUCUGCUGCCGGAGUGUAUUAUUACUUCUGGGGUGUGCCAUAUUCUCCCGUGUAUUCCUCCAUACUCCUGCUCUGGUCCAUCACGUUCGUGGAGUCCUGGCGUAUCAAGCAACGCGUGUUGUCCGUUAGGUGGGGUACGAACGGCUCGUUCCGUGUGGAGAAGAGGAGAGCACAAGCUGUUCCAAAGCGGUGGUGGCAGAAAGACUUCAAGAUGCUUGCCAGCAUGCCGGUGAUCUUUCUGUUUGCGGCCGUCCUCGGAGUUCUACUCACGGUCGUUUUCGUUUUCGAAGCAUUUGUGACACAGCUAUACACUGGGCCGGGCCACCGCUAUAUCUCGUUCGCACCCACCAUCCUGGUUUCUGUGCUUGUACCCAGGUUUCUCAAGAUUUACCACGGGUACGCAGUCGCGAUGACGAACUGGGAGAACCACGCACACCAGUCUACGCACGAUGCGUCGCUGACUGUGAAGACGUUUUCGCUUACCGCCGUAGCAGAAUACCUCGGUCUUGCGCUCUCCGCGUUCGUGUACGUGCCAUUUGGCGAGGACGUGAUGAUAUUUGUCCAGAAUAUUCUGGAGAAAAACACGAGUCUCUACGAUGCGGUUGGGACCGUUGUCUCUCUAUUCUCCCCGAACGUUACUACCUACAGGUCUGGCCGUGGGACUAGCAAAGCAUCUGUAAGAAGCACUACGACUCCCGGUAUCCGCACCCAAGGGAAGGGCAUGUGGGAGAUGGACAUUAUGAACGCGCGGAACAAGUUGAGCCCGACGAGGCUGCAGGACCAGAUGUUCGCGUCCACAGUGACCAACCAGGUGGUUGACACGUUCUUCGAGAUAGGGCUUCCGUAUGUGAUGCGCGCCGUUAAUUCGUUGCGCAGUGGGAAGGGCCUCUCGUUGGCGGCCGGCAGUGCUGGUGCAAGCAGUGUUGUUAAGAAAAAGCGUGUGAUGUUCGAGGAUCAAGCGGGUGAGAAGGACUUGGCGAAGGAUGCGAAUGGGAAGGAGGAGCGAGAGUUCAUGGAGAGGGUGCGCAGGGAGGUUGCACUGCCGGAUUAUGACGUCUUCGAGGACUAUCGAGAGAUGGUCUCGCAGUUCGGAUACGUUGCGUUGUGGUCGACGAUCUGGCCACUGGCACCAGUGAUGUCAUUGUUGAAUAAUUGGUUCGAGAUGCGUUCUGACGCAUUCAAAAUCGCUGUACACACGCGACGGCCAUUACCUUCACGCACGGAUACCAUCGGGCCGUGGCUGGACUCGCUGACAUUCCUCUCAUGGCUCGCUACGCUGACCAACUCAGCACUGGUCUACCUUUUCCGACCCAGCGACCACUGCAAGCCGCUAAAGACAUCCCUCGAACGGAAUAACCACCAUCUCAGCCAACCGACUUCAUCUUCGCGUCAGCUUUUACUCUCGGCGCUGCUCAUCGCGUUGGCCGCGUCGCACGGUUACAUCAUUGUACGUGUACUCAUCCGUCAUGUGCUGGAGCGCGUGCUGUGGCGAGGCAGCGAAGAGCAGAGCGAGAGAGAGAGAGUCGAGACGCUCGUGAAGGAGCACUAUCUCAAGAGCCUUGGCGUCGCGGACGUGGUGAGCGUGGAGGGGAAUGAGACCACCGAUACUGAUUUGCAGGGUGAUCUGGAAGCUUUUUGGAUGUAUGACGAGGGCUUGGACGAGCUAACGAGAGAAACCAAGGAGUCAUAA